AUGGAACAACGUCAAGCUUUCUCCCUCCAGAAGCCAGAGCAGGAUGAGUGGGGCAGUGGUCUGGAGGCAAUGCAGACAGCUCUGCAGAUGGAGAAGGAUGUGAACCAGAGUCUGCUGGAUCUGCACAAACUCGCCUCUGGCAACACAGACCCUCAUCUGUGUGACUUCCUGGAGAGGCACUACUUGGAUGAGCAAGAGAAGAUGAUCAAGAAGCUGGGAGAUCACAUCACCAACCUGAAGAGACUGGGAGCCCCUGACAAUGGCAUGGGAGAGUACCUGUUUGACAGGCUCACACUCAGCUGA